CACGACUCUUGCUCUUUGUAUUGGCGAUCGAAAGAUCGCAACAGAUUCGAAUUCGCACAUGAUGGCGGACAAGGCGCUGCGGCAGCUCACGCGCGGCCUCACGAAGGAGUGCAUCGAGGAAGGAAUCCUCAUGGCGCCGGAAGAGGCGAGCAGCAUGGAGGACGCGCCGUACUUCCAGCGCUUCUCGGCCGACUUUUUCGAGCAGCUCGACAUGCUGGUCGAGAUGCACUUUGGCUCGGCGCUGUGGCAAGACAUUUUGCAGGCGCAGCAACCUCAGAAGAAGAAGACGAGCCCAUGGGAGCCAUCCGAAGCGUGGACGCUGCUAGGACCCUCCACGACAGGGCUGCUGGGUCCGACGACGGUCGAGUCCAUGUACGCUAGCGAGCCGCUGGAAGACAACCAAGUGACGCACGACCUGCCAUCGCCAGCUGCGGAGACGUGCACGACGCAGUGUUCGCUCCCGGCCUUCGAAAUGACAGAGACCACGGACGCCAUGACGCCCGAGCUGCGGCUGGACGCGAUGCUGCGCAUGGUCCGGCUGGCACGGACGAUCCAGCGCGCCGCGCAAAAGUUCAAGCAGCUCUUGCAUCGAAGCGAGCGCCCCAUGCAGCUCCAGAUUCACCGCGCGACGGGGCUGCGACCCGCCGACUGGAACGGGUUCAGUGACCCGUACGUGAUUGUGACUGCGUUCGAGCUCCGUGGCGUCCAGACGCGCUACGAGGUGGCCAACUACAUGAUGACCAAGACCGAGAUCCAGUACAAGACGCUCAACCCGGUCUGGGACUUCACCGUGCUCUUGCCCCACAUGACGCCCGAGACUACGCUCUGCUUGACAGUCGUCGACUACGACUUUGGCUCGAGCCCCGACUUUCUUGGCCAGGCGACCAUCUCGAUGGACCAGCUCCACGACAGCACGGCGCUCGAGCUCAAGCUCGGGCCGCUCGUGCACACGCCCUUGUACGCCGACGGCUCGCCCAUGAGCUUUGGCGACCGCGAUACGCCCGGCCAGGGCACGCUGGGCCUCACGCUGGCGCCCGUGCCAUGCCUUGUCUCGGGGCUCCUCCGCGUGCUCCCGCCGGCGCCCUUGGUUCGCUCGAGCUGGUUUGGCAAUGGACCCACCUUCCAGGAGAUGUAUGGCCUUUUGCGAAGCGAUACAAACACGCUAUUGCUCUACUCGGCCAAGGACCGCGCCGCGUGCAGCCCGAGCUUCCUUGUGCCCCUCGACUCGAUUGCACGCAUUUUGGACCAGGAGAACGACGAUGGGCAGUGGGAACUGCACAGCCACGAAAAGCAUGCGUUGCCGCCGUGGACCUUCCGCGCCGAGUACUGCGACGAGAGCGGCGGCAGUGAAGAGGAGCGGCAGCGGACGCAUGCGCGCUGGGUCAAGGCGCUGAGCCGCGCGACGCACCGCCCCGUGCUCGUCGAGCGGUCGCCGUCGCAGUUUCGGUUCAAGUUUAUGACCUAGACGCGCAUCGGUUGUAGGUAGUAGUCGCAUUAAGCAUCAUCAAAGCAUCAUCAAAGCACCAUGAAGCCAUGCAGCGGACGUCGGCCAUGGGCUUCGAUCGCCUUCGCUGUCCCUGGCUGGUCGGACGAGGUGAUAUCUGC